GACCUGCUGCUAGGAUCGCGACGGGAACUGGAGCCCGAGGUCCCCGCGCGGACCGGGCCUGGCGCCCCGAGGGGAAGAGCAGCCCAGCCCGAGGGCGCUGGGGUGGAGACAUUGACUCCGGUCCCUUCCCUAGCCAUGACGGACGGGAUCCUAGGGAAGGCAGCCACAAUGGAGAUCCCCAUCCAUGGGAAUGGCGAAGCUGGGCAGCUUCCUGAAGAUGAUGGGCUGGAGCAGGACCUCCAGCAGGUGAUGGUGUCAGGACCCAACCUCAAUGAAACCAGCGUUGUGUCUGGUGGCUAUGGGGGCUCUGGUGAUGGACUCAUCCCCACAGGGUCUGGCCGCCAUCCAUCUCACAGUGCCACUCCUGCUGGCCCCGGAGAUGAGGUGGCUCGGGGCAUCGCUGGAGAGAAGUUUGACAUCGUCAAGAAAUGGGGCAUCAACACAUACAAGUGCACAAAGCAGCUGUUAUCAGAGCGAUUUGGCCGAGGCUCUCGGACUGUGGACCUGGAGCUAGAGCUGCAGAUUGAGUUGCUGCGUGAGACGAAGCGCAAGUAUGAGAGUGUCCUGCAGCUGGGCCGGGCACUGACAGCCCACCUCUACAGCCUGCUGCAGACCCAGCAUGCACUAGGUGACGCCUUUGCUGACCUCAGCCAGAAGUCCCCAGAGCUUCAGGAGGAAUUUGGCUACAAUGCAGAGACACAGAAGCUGCUGUGCAAGAAUGGAGAGACACUACUCGGGGCUGUGAACUUCUUUGUCUCUAGCAUCAACACGUUGGUCACCAAGACCAUGGAAGACACACUCAUGACUGUCAAACAGUAUGAGGCUGCCAGGCUGGAAUAUGAUGCCUACCGUACAGACUUAGAGGAGCUGAGCCUAGGCCCUCGGGAUGCAGGGACGCGUGGUCGACUUGAGACUGCCCAGGCCACUUUCCAGGCCCAUCGGGACAAAUAUGAGAAGCUGCGGGGAGAUGUGGCCAUCAAGCUCAAGUUCCUGGAAGAAAACAAGAUCAAGGUGAUGCACAAGCAGCUGCUGCUCUUCCACAAUGCUGUGUCCGCCUACUUUGCUGGGAACCAGAAACAACUGGAGCAGACCCUGCAGCAGUUCAACAUCAAGCUGAGGCCUCCAGGAGCUGAGAAGCCCUCCUGGCUAGAGGAGCAGUGAGCCGCUCCCAGACCAACCUGGCUAACUAUCAUAAAGACACUGGGAGGGGCAGUCCCAGGGUGGGGGAGAUCGGACAUGGGACAUCCCUUGCCACCUGCCCUCAGGCGUGGGCUCCUUUCCCCUUGCUGGGGACUGACACCAGUUUUGCCCACAUUGCUGUGGGUAGGGAUGGGGCCUGCAGGCCCAGCAGCAGCUGCCCUGUCCCUUAUCUUCCUGGCCACUGGGCUUUGUUCCCAGAUCUUUUCCUUCCACUCCACAGCCAAAGGCUAUGACAAAACCACUCCCUGGCCAAUGGUAUUGCUCAGGCCUAUCCCCAGCUCCUGGGGUGUGCCCCCGACCAAUGGCAGAGCCUCAAAAGGCCCUGUCAGCCAAAGGCAGCUCUUCUUGGGCUCCCCUGGGCCAAUGAUGUUGCCUCCAAUACCCUUUGUCCCUCCUCUAUGCGUGCCCAUUGCAGAGAAAGGGACUGGGACCAAAGGGGUGGGAAUAAUGGGGAGCCCCAUUUCUGGCCCUGCAUCAGAAUGGGCAUCCUCUCACCUAUCCACCCAGUUUAAUUGUGCUUAGAGCCCUGGAAGAUUGGGACCUAGCACUAGGAAUAAACCUUUCAUAAAAGCAGGCCCAGUGAGGUCAAUUUGUGGGGGACUCUAGGAGGGUGGGCUGGGUAGAGAAAUGCUCAGUCUAAUACACCAAAAUCCUAUCAGGUCAGAAGAGCUGGGGACAGACAACUGAAGUCAGAGGUUUCAAGAACAGUCUGAGGACCCACUCUCCUCCCCCAGACCCAGUUUGAGCAAAAGCUUCAUUUGCCCUUCAGGCCAGCACCAAGAUAGCUAAGGAUCUUAAGAGCACAGGGCCCAAGGGGGGGUUGGGCCCGCUGACCAUCAUGCAUUCAUUUAUACAGCAAAUAUUUACUGAGUGCUUUUACUUGCCUGGCACUGCCCUAGCCCCUGGGGAAACAUCAGUGAAUGAAGCACAGUCCCUUCCCACAGUGCUUAUGGUCUAGUGAGGAAUAGAGACAAGUAACCAGGCAACUACAAUACGGUGAUAAGUGCUAGGACACAAGUUCAGGGAGCUAUGGGAGCACAGAGGAGGGGCCUCUCUCCUAGACUGGUGUGGAGAUGGGCAUGUCAACUUGAAAGCUGAGACAAAGGGUAUUCAGACAGCCAGGAAGAGGAGAGGAAAGAGCAUCGUAGGCUGAGAGGCCAAUAUGUGAAGGCCCUGAGUAGGAAUCUGGAGGAAUUAAUGGAGUUUCACUGGGUGAUAUUGAAGGGGCGUGGCUGGAGGAAGACUACAGAGGUAAGGUAGUAAGAGAUCAGGGUAGGCUUGCCUCUUCAGGCCAAUUAAGGACUUUUGCCCU